AGCUGACGUCAGCGAGUGUCGCAGCAAAAUGGACUGGGCAGCUGCGGCGGCGGCGGCGGCGGCAGCCAAGCCGGAGCUGCGCUCUCCCAAGACAGAAGCAUCACCAUGAGAGCCCGUCGAGGCGUCGCGCGCUCGCUCGCAACCCGCCUUCGGACCGCUUCGCGCAGCGCAACCACAAAACACCCGAGCAAAACGGUUAAGCUUCGUGGUCAUGCCGCUCGAGGGAAAUCCGAGUCAAUCACGCGGGGCUGAGUGAGUGACAUGGACCACCACAGACAGCGUGUCCGCACACAACUAAAAGCAUGGCACUCAAGGCGGGAGCGCAGACCCGGAGGGUGGCUAUCGCAGUGGCCAUCUUCAUCCUGAUGAUGCUGUUCAUCUUGUUCAGCUCCAGCGCCAGCACCAGCGACAGCCAGGCAGCCUACGGGCCCUUCCACACGGCCAAAAACCACACGCCCCGGCCCACCAACCUCAAGACGUGGGCCACCAAAGGCGACUACGUGGCCGUCUUAGGCAAUGAGAGAAUGAGCCAGCACUGCCAGUACUGCGCCCUUGUCACCAGCUCCAGCCACGUGCUGGGCACCAAAGCGGGCGAGGAGAUCGACGCCACCGAGUGCGUGAUCCGCAUGAACGACGCGCCGACGACGGGCUACGAGGCCGACGUGGGCAAUCGCACCACGCUGCGGGUGGCGGCCCACUCCAGCGUGUUGCGGCUGGUCCGCCGCCCCGACGAGUUCAUGGUCGGGGGCGCCGACUACCAGCCCAUUGUCAUCUUCUGGGGACCCCCCAACAAGAUCACCAAGGACUCCAAAGCCACCUUGUACAGAUCCAUCCAGAGGAUUUGCUCCACAUACAAGCGGGCGCCGUGUUUUACCGUGGCACCUGAGAAAAUGCUCCGAUUCGACAAGCUCUUUGAACUGGAGACGGGGCGAGACAGAAUCAAAUCAAACUCGUGGCUGAGCACGGGCUGGUUCACCAUGGUCAUCGCCAUCGAAAUAUGUGACAACAUCAAAGUGUACGGGAUGGUUCCGUCCAGUUACUGCGGGAACCGGACAGGAUCCAAGAAGAUGCCGUAUCACUACUACAAGCCGCGCGGUUCGGAUGAGUGCGUGAUGUACAUGCAUAACCAGAACAACCAAAGAGGGAACCACCACCGCUUCAUCACAGAAAAGCAGGUGUUUGGCCGCUGGGCGCAGCACUACAACGUCACCUUCGCGCACCCCGCGUGGUGAGGACAGAUGGACCCUUGGAUGAGGGGGGGGCGGGCAAAAAAAAAUACUGACGUGUGGAAUGUUUUGUUCUUGAUUCGUUGUGAGUUCUUUUUUACAACUUUGCAGUCUUUUUAUCUUGAUCUUAUUUAUCACGAUGCACUUUUGCUUCCCAGCAUCAAUUAGGGGAAGGAAAGCUCCUCAAGUGCAUGCUGGCGCUUCCCGUUUUGACGGAUGGCGAAAGCCGCUCGCUCGCUCGCGUACAAGUGUCGUCUCACGACUUGCUGGAUUAGUUUGACGUUUGAAAGGAAGCAAACUUGUUGACUUGGCUGAAGUAAACAUCAUAUUGAUUUGA